AUGGGAUUUUUGAGUGGAGUGCUUGAGGCGGUGAAAAACACUCAGACAUACAAUGUAGGUAAAAAUACAUUAAAUUCGGUAUGUAACGUAAUUAACACUCAUCUUUGUUCAGGUCACGAUGGUUUCACUAAGCUUCUUCCCAGCCUGACUAGGGAGAUCGGGAGGUACAACACAGAAGUGAGAGACUCCAAUGAGAAAGUUAAGAAGCCCAUUGAAGAGUUGUUGAAUGAGGUGGGUGAUGCAUUUAAAAACAAGGUAAAUGAUUUAUUGUCAGGUCCAAAUGAUCACGAGAAUGUCGACAAAGUCCAGGCGGCGGAGAAGCAAGUGAACGAAACGUUGGCCAAUGACAUAAAAACAUUCACUAAUAAAUUUAAUGUAGCUUUUCAAUUUAAAGAUAAUAAAGUAGAUAAAGCAGAGAUGAAAACCGCGAUAAGGUAUCUAAAUCCCACGUUGCAAGUCAGGGUGAACAGCGCCUUGAAGGCAGUGCACCAUGAGAUUAAGAGGCUGGAAGAGCUGUCGACGAAGGAGCAUAAGAAUUUGGAAGCGACAACGAAUUUGAUUAAUGCUAAACUCACAGAAAUUAAAUGCACCGUAACAGAACAAAUUAAAUUAAAAAUUAAUGAACUUGUUGAGGGUCUGAGAAAUCUCCUCAAGUUCAUGUUGUCUGCCCCUUGA